AUGACGAUGGCAGCCGGGCUCCAGAAGACAAGGGAAGUUGCAGAGAAGCUCACGCCGGCAGUUGCAGCGAGUCCGACAUUUGUUGGGAAGGAGAAGGGUAGAAGAGAGAGCACGUGCCUGUGGCUGCCUGUUCUGCACAGCGCAUUAAUUACAGCGCAUUACAGUGCAUCAGUGCACAUGUUUGUGCCAGGCGGCGAAGAUGCACAGCACACCCUUGCCGCUAUUGCCCCUCUGAGAGUCCAGUAA